AUGGGUGCAAACGACGGCAAGAAGUCGUCUCGACGGGCGAGAGUCAGUGAGGCAGCUGCUCGUAUCCUCAGCCCUUCAAGUGCUGGAAAGGGCGGCGCCGCCAUGCACCAGCUCUAUGAAAUCCCAUUCGAUGCUGAGGUUUUUCUUCAGGCCAAGGCCGCUCGGGCCAAGGCUCUGGGUGACGAUAGCGAGAGUGGUGAUGGCGAUGAUAUCCCCGAGGCCGUCGAGUACGAUUCUAUUCCCACUGUCCAUGCUCAUCUCAAAGGGCUUGACAAGGUUUGCCGUGGCGCUGAGUGGACAAGGGCUUUUCAACGUUUCCUUGGGAGACUUCAACUGGGCUCCAGGAACGUCAGCGUCGUUUAUGACACCAACCUCCGAAAGAUGGGAAUUGAGCCCCCAGAGGAAACCGAGUCUUGGGUUGACCAGAGCGAGCCAGCAAAGUUCGCUGGACAUGUCUACAGAUUCGUUGGUCGUCAGUGCAGAUCCGCAUCCUCGGACCGACAUCUUUACAUCCUCUACCAUCCCGAUGCAGAGUGGCACGCAGAUUUGUACGAGCUGCUACAGGAUAAGCCUCUUCCUAGCAACUUCCUUGGCUUCUCCGACAACCUCGAUGCCCUCGUUGCCUACAUCCGUUUCAUCCGAAAGCGACUAGGACGACGCGCCAGCUCGGCCAUGUUCCAUAUUCUCAUUCCCAGCUCUCGACCCAUCGCUAUCCGAGAUGCCCUUGAGUUCCCCGAUAUCGGUGACCUUGCUAUUCAUGGCGAGACUCACAACGGCAGCAACUAUGUCUGGAUGAAUCUGCCUAGUUACGAAGACUACCCAGGGACUCUUCAUUUGAGGCACGUCGAAAACGCUGUUCGUGAGGCCAGCCCAUGGAAGACAACAGCCACAGUCAGCACAUCCUUUGUUGGCUUGACAGCAUCACUAGCCGGUGCAGCAUACACCCUUCGAGUCAAGGGUGCACCUUUCCCGUCUCUCAAGACCUUCGGAGCAGCUGCAGUCGCAACCACCAUCGCUAGAAGAGUGAAGGGUGCCGAUUAUUUCCCUCUAGCAGUUCUCGGAGCUGGUAGUCUUUGCACCACCCUGGUAGCAUUUGCUGUAAACAGAGUUCUCAGCAAGAGAGCGCCACGCGUCAUUGGCGGCACGGAAACACCAAGGGAGCCCAGGGAGGAGAAGGAAAAGGAGAAGGAGGAUUCGGCCAGUGAUCAGGACGAAGCUAAGGAGGAAGAGGAGGCCAUUCCCGAGCCCGAAAUCCCUGCGCCACCAGAAGAACCAGCCCCCAAGGUCAAAGACGACUCGGAUGCCCAUUCGCUGUUGAGCCAGACAUCCGGCACGAAGAAGUCGUCAAGCAGCAAGAAGCACCGCCGAAGCGAGAGGGGCGAACGCAGUGAGCGAAGUGAGCGCAAGCGCAGUCACAAGUAA